UGUCCCGGUGCGGACUCUGAGGAAGCCCUGCGUCUGGCCGCCUAUUUGAAGGGCCCUACAUCUCCCUGACUUACCAUCUCUGGUUGGAGUUGGACGUUAUCCUCCGGGGUCUCAGCGCAGCCAGGAGACUCUCAGGAGCAUUUCUUAUCCUCCGUCAUGGCCAAGGCAGUGUGUUGCGGAGAAUUGAACCUGACACCUGGAACAAGCAUAACAAUAAUAGGAAGGAUAAUACAUCAUAGGAACUAUUUCAGAAUAGAUAUGGGCAAAGAUGGCCAUAACCUUGCCCUGCACUUAAGCUUCCGCUUUGGCUAUCCUUUUGAUCGACAUGUUAUUGCCUGGAACACCAUGGAGAAUUGGAAGUGGGGCCACGAACAAAGGGACUCACAUUUCCCCUUUGAUGGAAGAACCAUAGUGGAGAUUUCCAUAUUGUAUGAAGAGGAUUCCUUUACAGUGACACUGCCUGAUGGCCAUAAGCUGAAGUUCCCAAAUCGCACUAAAGCAACCAAACUCGACUACUUGGAAAUUACUGGUGACAUCCAUGUCUCAAAACUGGCUUUCGCCUGAGCCCUUCCAUCAAGGCAU